AUGAUACAAGCACAAAAGGAAGAGAACAGUCAUUUAGUAGUUAGAAGAGUAGAAAAAGAGAACAAGAAAAGCCAACUGUACAUUCCAGGAAAAAGUGAUGACAAAAAGAGCUGCACAUGUCUUGGUGGCAGAAAAUGUAAGAAACGACAACAUCGGCAAUGUUCAUGCGUGCUCGACUUUGGGAAGGAGAUUUUAUACAGAGAAGAUAAACCAGAUGAUACUGUCAGUGUUAUUAGAAAAGAACUUCAAGAUGCCCACUCCUUUAAACCACCGGCAACAUGGGACAGUAUGAAAGAAAAUCAGAAUCUUUUAUUGGUUGAUUUACUACCAGCAACUAAAGAAUAUCAAGACUUGCAGCAAACGUUUACACAAUCUAUUCACCAACCCUCAUCUAUUCAACAACCCUCCAGCUGCGACAUUGUAGGGAUUAAACGUAUACAAAACAGGUCUCUGAUGAAGCAAUACGAAGCAAAGAAGACUGAGCUAGAGGUGCAAAACCCAAACAUGAAAAAUGAAAACUUUUUGUGGCAUGGUACCUCGCCAGAUGCUGUUGAAAGUAUUAAUAAUCGAGGUUUCAAUAGAAGCUAUUGUGGGAAAAAUGCGACCGCAUUUGGAAAGGGUGUGUACUUUGCAGUGAAUGCAAGUUACUCUGCACAAAACACGUAUUCUCCAGCCGACUCGAAUGAUGUUAAGAGAAUCUAUUACUGUCGCGUUUUAACUGGUGACUAUACAGAAGGCAAAACGGAAAUGAAAGUGCUUCCACAGAAAAGCAAUUCCUCCAACAGUUCUAUAUUGUACGACAGUGCCGUAGAUAAAAAAAAUAGCCCGAGUAUAUACGUUGUGUUCCACGACACACAGGCAUACCCGGAAUAUCUCGUGUCGUUCAAAAUUAAAACAUUGGAUAAGAAAGUUUAGAACUACAAUUCAAUUUGUCAACUAAAUAUUGUGGAAUUUAAAUGAAUGAAAUUAAUUUGGAACAGAAACGGAUGCUGCAGUAAGAUUAUGUGUAACUAUUAUAUAUUAAUGCACAUGACAACAGUCUCCCUCUCUAUGAUCACAUCAAUGGUAAUUAUUUGAAUGCGCACUAAUUUGAUUCAUUUGAUUAUUUAGCGCACUUCAGUGAUUCAUUUUUCCAUUUUUUUACUAUGUAGCCAGAACAUAGGAUAAGGAAUGAUUUAUUUCAAUAAUCAGAUAACAGAUGUGUUAUUAUUCAUACGCCAAACUGCAUAAAGAUGUGCUUGUAAGUUGUCUGCAUUAAUUCUUUAAAAUGUUUUACUUUGUAUUGGAGAUGAUAUAAGUCCAAAGCAGAUAUAGAACCGCAGACUUAUGCAUAGGUACAUUGUCUUCUCGGCGAUAAAAGACAGGGCGUCUGAAAUCAUUCGUCUCCCACUUGUAAUGCAUGUUAGUAACUGGUACAGAAUCCAGACACAGUGGUUAGGUUAUCUGAAAUACUGCUGAAAAACUGUACUUAACCCAAACGAACAAAUAUGUCGACAUGAAAUUGUAGUACUUCUUUUUACAUACAGAAAAGUGUCAUUUGUUUUUCAUGAAGGAUUUAACAUGAUAACGCUUUAAUAAUGCAUACACGUGGUAUCUCUAGUUUUCAGUCAGUUGCUUGUUAUCUUUUAUUCUUCUUUCGAUUUCCUCUAGCAUUAGCAGUUGUUAUUGCCUAUUCUUUUUUGUUUGCCACCACUCUUGACCAUUUUGCCAACAUGGUAACAAACAUAUUUUUGUGACUUAUGAUGAUACAUAACAAAGACUAACAAAUUGUUCGUCCAUUAUGAAGUUUAAAUUUGAUGAAUUAUUUCAAGAACUAUAUUGUUAAUUUUAGCAGUUAAAAUUACUGUAGUUCAUUUGAUGUUAUUGUUUGAGAAAAAAGUUCAAAUGUUCAAAAGAAAAUAACAGCUCAUGAUCAAGAAUUGAUUUUCAAGAUGUUUAACAAACAGAAUAUGUUCUGACUAAAUUGAUAUAUUAGACGUCAUUGAUAAUGUCAUAUGCAUAAAAAGGAACGUUAGAUUUUAAGAUUACAUUGAAUUGUAUAUAAACUUCUUAUUUAUAUGCACAAAUAAUGUAUAAACGAUAUGAGGAAUUUUCAUGAUGUCCGUCUGUGCGUGCGUUCGUGUAAAUUCUUGUCCGGGCUGUAACUUUACUAUCAAUAAAGGGAUUUUGAAAUAACUCGGCAUAAAUGUUCACCAUAAUAAAACGACGUGUCAUUUGCAAUACCAUGACCCCUAGCUCCAAGGUCAAGGUCAUACUUAGAGGUCAAAGGUUAAAACAGGGUCUUUUUCGUCUCCGGUCCAUAUCUCUGCCAUCCAUGAAGGGAUUUUAAAAUAACUCAAAACAAAUGUUCAUCAUAAUGAGACAAUGUGUCAUGCGCAAGAUUCAGACCCCUAGCUUCAAGGUCCUGGUCAUACUUAUCGGUCAAAGGUUAAACAGGGUCUGUUUGGAUUCCGGGCCAUCCAUGAAGGGGUUUUAAAAUAACUUCACAUAAAUGUUUACCAAAAUGAGACAAUUUGUCAUGCGCAAAAGCAAGACCCCAGCUCGAAGGUCAAGGUCACACUUAAAGGUCAAAGGUUAACAGGGUCUUUUCGUGUCCGGUUCAUAACUCUCAUAAAAUUACUUGGCAUAAAUGCUGGUGGGAGGGGGUAUUUGUCACUGAUAGUGACACUUUUUGUUUAUGUUUACAAGGAUACUGUGUAGAUUUGUUCAUAUUUGCAGAUAUGAACUUUUAACAUAAUAUAUCUUUAAAGUAACCUUUUAAUUGAUAACCUUUUAAGGUACACUACUAUUCUUUUCAGUGAUUCUAUACAUACGAAGCCAAAUUUUAAUUAAUUUAUUCGAAACAGUAAAUCUGAAAUUACAUGACUGGCAUUGUUUGAUUUAGCGUUAUUCGAAGUACCAAAACGUUGCAAAUUCUCCAGCCCAUCCUCCUUAAAAAGCAAUAGGUUACUAGUUUCGCACCGAGAGGUGAUUGAUGAAGCAAGCUGCUACUGGCAUACAAGAUUAUAAUUAUUUUAUAUAUAUAUAUUUAUAUAUUAUUGUUCAUUUAUGAUAUUGUUGUAAUGACUAUUAUUUUUUAUUAUUAUGUACAACGCCAUUUAUAAAAAAAAGGCGUUUAAUCAAAUUGUUCAGUUUCAGUUGUGUGAUUACAUAUGUCAUGUUUUGUUAUUUUCCUACAUAUCUGCGAUGUGUCACAUGUUUAAUUGUAAAGCGCCUUUGAACGUAUAUUCCAUAUGAAAAGGGCGCGCAACAAAUCUGGUAUAAUAAUAAUAAUAAUUAUAAUUAUUUUGACAUUGACUUGAUGCAGAACAGUCUUAUACAUACAUUACUUUCUCGAUAUAUACUUUCUAAGAAAACAAUAUCUGUCAAGAAAAGAGCUUUUCUCGAUUUAAUCAGAUAAAAAGUAUUCAGGCAUUGAUAUAAAGAAAUACCCAGACAACAAGCAGACUUUCCAGCAAAAGGUGUAUAUCAUUUCGUCAGUCAGUCGACUACUUUAAAAUUAUUCAUUGUUCUUCAUGUUCAGACUACUUUACUUUCUUGUAAAUAAGAUGUUACUUACCAGUUAUAUCAUGUUUUACUACAAAAUAUAACUUGAGGUAGCCAUUAAAAUAAAUGACUUGUAAAACGCA